AAUAUUUUUGGCUUCGUUGAAGAAUCAAGAUCAGACUUUAUGGAAAUGGAAGUAAGUUUUUGCUAUAAAAAUCAUGCCUCUCUUCUCACCAUUUAGUUACCUCCAAGUGGCAUGGCCUCUGAUUAUGUUGGCUCCUGAUUGGUAACACCAAAAUCAUAGAGUUAAUGAUGUAUAAAAUUCAAAUUUCAAAUACUUCAAAGAUAAUCUUUUCAGAAUUCAGAAAUUUCCUUGUCUAUAAAUUUAGCCUAACCUUUUAAAAUGGUCUUUACUUGUCCAAAAAAGAACCGUCAAAUACGAAUACGAUUCUAAGUUUUUAGUCUUUAUAAUCUCUCACAGAUUUGUGCAUUCAAAUCACAAAGUAAGUCGCGUACAAUGGGUUCUGCUUUCGAUCCCUUUGUCACGGCCACUGAGGAUUCCGCCGUCGUCAACUCGCCGGCGCCUCUCUCAAACCUCACACAAGAAGAACUCAAGAAAAUCGCCGCUUAUAAAGCCGUCGAAUUCGUCGAAUCUGGAAUGGUAAUCGGUCUCGGCACUGGCUCCACCGCCAAACACGCCGUGGCUCGUAUCAGCGAGCUUCUCCAAGAAGGAAAACUCAAGGAUAUAAUCGGAAUCCCUACUUCAACCACAACGCAUGAGCAAGCGGUGUCUUUAGGGAUACCGUUAUCCGAUCUAGAUUCGCAUCCGGUGGUGGAUCUAUCAAUCGAUGGCGCCGACGAAGUCGAUCCGGCUCUUAAUCUGGUGAAAGGACGCGGCGGAUCGUUAUUGAGGGAGAAGAUGAUAGAAGGAGCAUCUAAAAAGUUCGUUGUGAUUGUUGAUGAAUCGAAGCUUGUGAAGUACAUCGGAGGAAGUGGACUCGCUGUUCCGGUGGAGGUUGUUCCGUUCUGCUGCGAUUUCACACGGGGGAAAUUGGAAGAGCUUUUCAGAGAAGCGGGAUGCGUUGCGAAGCUUAGGAUGAAGAUUGGAUCUAACGGCGGAGAUGCGACGCCGGCUGUGACGGAUAAUGGAAAUUAUGUGGUGGAUUUGUAUUUGGAGAGAGAUAUUGGAGAUUUAGAGGUGGCGAGUGAGGCGAUAUUGAGGUUUCCCGGAGUAGUGGAGCAUGGGAUGUUUCUGGGAAUGGCGACGACGUUGAUCGUCGCCGGGAAAUUCGGUGUAACCGUCAAGGAUAGGUUUGGAUAAAAGAGUCAUUUGAAAAAUUAGGGUUUAUGGUUUGAUUUUUGAUUUUCGAUGGAUGCUCUGGUUCUGUAAACCCUUUUCUCCUAUUGGCUUAGAAUUUUUUUUUUUUUUUUUUUU